AAACACCUCCGCUCCAACAACAACAGCAACAAAAUCAACAACCGCAACAAUGCAGCCCACCACCAUCUUCACCACUUUGCUCCUCGCAGCAUCCGCCCUCGUCGACGCAUCUGCCAUCAACCCCAAGUAUGCUGCCCUAAUUGACAAGCGCGCUCUCCCCUCCGAGCAGGGCUGCCGCGCUUGUCCCAACGGCGAUCAAGUCGGUUACGGCGAAGCGUCAGCCAAAUGGUCCAGAAUCGACCCUUCCAUCGUCGCCGAUGCCAAGGAAUCGUUUGACAAGACCUUUCCGGCUGGCUACGAACCUCAACUCUGCUCGCAGCCGGGUAUUAACUGCAUGACUUCGUCCGCAGACGUCAAAUGGACGGGUGUGGGCGGUUUGACAGCACGAUGGGGAAGUUGGGCGAGAUCUGAUGGAACAAUCGUCAACGCCUGGCCACACUGGCAAUCUACUCUCCAAUGGGCCGGCCCCGGCGGCUCCGGCACGACGUAUAAUGCCCACUGCGUAAUUUUCACCUGUGCCAAGGGCAAAAUGCAAGCGCAAAUCACCAACAAUGGGCAGCUAGUGGGCGAGGUCAAGGGUGAUGGUAAAGGGGAUAACUCGGCCGUAAACAGAUGUGACUGCUUUUAUGAUUUGGAUUCGGAUAUUUACUUCAGUCUGAUGUAAAAAGGGGAACAGAAAGAGCAGAGGAAAGAGUGGAUGGUGAUGGAUGACUUUUUUUCUUAUUUCUUAAUGUGAUGGCGGAGUCUGGCUUUACACCGGCAAUGAAAUGGGAUCAUGAAGGAUUGGACACAAACAGAGUAUGGACACGGAC